UCUUCGUAGGAUUUUCAGACGUCAGACGUCCUGAAAACAGUCCAAUUUAAGUUCGGUGUUCCAUUCUAUAUAAAUAUAAAAUAGAAUGUAAGAAAAUGCCGAUUUGGAAAUUGUCAAUAUUUAAAUUCCGCGGCAAGUGAUUUUACGUUUUCCUCGAAUCGGUUUUCUUUUUUCUGGAAAGUUGAAUUAACUUAACAAAAUGUCUUCUGUGAAAGUGGCUGUUAGAGUGAGACCAUUCAAUAAUCGAGAAAUAUCUAGAGAAUGCAAAUGUAUCAUACAGAUGAGUGGAAAUACCACAGCAAUCACAAAUCCAAAAGCAGAACCAAACACAAAAGAUGCUCAAAAAAGUUUCAAUUUCGACUACUCCUAUUGGUCCCACGACGAAACCGAUGCAGCUUUUUCUUCUCAACUCAUCGUUUACAAAGACAUAGGAGAAGAAAUGCUUCAACAUUCCUUUGACGGAUACAACGUAUGUAUAUUCGCUUACGGUCAAACGGGUGCCGGUAAAUCCUAUACCAUGAUGGGUAAACAAGAAGACGGACAAGAAGGGAUCAUACCACAAAUAUGCAAAGACUUAUUUACCAGGAUACGUAAUAACAAUUCUCCAGAUGUUAAAUAUUCAGUAGAAGUUAGUUACAUGGAAAUUUACUGUGAAAGAGUGAGAGAUUUACUCAACCCUAAAAAUAAGGGUAAUUUAAGAGUGAGAGAACAUCCGUUGCUGGGGCCGUAUGUGGAAGACCUUAGCAAGUUAGCAGUUAUGAGCUACCAGGAUAUUCACGACCUUAUCGAUGAGGGCAACAAGGCCAGAACUGUGGCCGCCACUAACAUGAACGAAACUAGUUCGAGGUCGCAUGCGGUGUUUACGAUUUUUUUCACGCAGCAAAGACUAGAUGAAACUACGCAACUUACAACUGAAAAAGUAUCAAAAAUAUCACUGGUGGAUUUAGCAGGAUCAGAAAGAGCUGAUUCUACUGGAGCCAAAGGAACGCGAUUAAAAGAAGGAGCAAACAUAAACAAAAGUCUCACAACUUUAGGAAAAGUAAUCUCAGCUUUAGCAGAAAUAGCAACUAAAAAUAAGAAAUCAAAAAAAGCUGACUUUAUACCAUACAGGGACUCUGUUCUAACAUGGUUACUUAGAGAAAAUUUAGGUGGCAAUAGUAAAACCGCUAUGAUAGCUGCUAUAUCUCCUGCUGAUAUCAAUUACGAUGAAACACUCUCAACUUUAAGAUAUGCCGAUAGAGCCAAACAGAUCGUAUGCAAGGCUAUUGUCAAUGAAGAUGCCAACGCUAAACUUAUUAGAGAACUCAAAGAAGAAAUACAGAAACUCCGGGAGCUUUUGAAACAAGAAGGAAUAGAAGUACACGAAGGCCCAGAUGGUAAAGUUAUAUAUGAGAAAAGGGAGCCACCUAGAGUUUGCGACACUAAAAAUAAUAGAGAAAUGGAAAGAGCCCGUUCCCAGUCCACUUCCUUGGCAGAGGAAGCUGUAGAUCAAUUGCAAGCUAGCGAAAAACUUAUAGCUGAAUUGAACGAAACGUGGGAAGAAAAAUUGAAGAAAACAGAAGCGAUUAGAAUACAGCGAGAAGCGGUGUUUGCGGAAAUGGGUGUAGCCGUAAAAGAAGAUGGUGAUACUGUGGGAGUAUUUUCUCCAAAAUGUACUCCCCAUUUAGUUAAUUUGAACGAGGAUCCCUUCAUGUCGGAAUGCUUGAUAUACUACAUCAAGGAGGGCUUGACCAGAAUCGGCUCGGAUCAAGCGAAUAUUCCACAAGAUAUUCAAUUAUGUGGAUUGCACAUCAAACCAGAACACUGCGUUUUCGAGAACAAGGACAAUCGAAUUACUUUGGUACCACUUAAUGGUGCUUUAAUAUACGUCAAUGGAAGAGAGAUAACCGAACCUGAACAACUUAAAACGGCUUCCAGGGUGAUAUUGGGGAAGAAUCACGUGUUCAGAUUCACUCAUCCCGAAGAGGCCAGAGAAUUGCGGGAAAAGAACAUGAUUACAUCAGAACACGUCGAUUGGAACUUCGCGCAAAUCGAACUUCUAGAAAAACAAGGAGUCGAUCUCAAAGCGGAGAUGGAGAAGAAGCUGGUCACUUUGGAAGAACAGUAUCGCAAAGAAAAAGAAACUGCCGAUCAAUUAUUUGAAGAACAAAGAAAGAAUUACGAAGCUAGAAUCGAUGCACUACAAAAACAAGUCGAAGAACAGAGUAUGACUAUGUCGAUGUACAGUUCUUACACCCCUGAAGAUUUCAAUAACGAAGAUGACAUCUUUGUGAACCCUCUGUUUGACGCAGAGUGCAACUGGACGGAAAAGGAAUUCGAAUUGGCAGCCCUAGCUUGGAGGAAAUGGAAACACCAUCAGUUUACUUCGUUGAGGGACGAUUUGUGGGGAAACGCCAUAUUUUUGAAAGAAGCAAACGCCAUAUCGGUCGAACUAAAGAAAAAAGUACAAUUUCAGUUCACUUUGUUAACUGAUACUUUGUAUUCUCCAUUACCUGCCGAUUUGAGACCCGUUAUUGAUUACGAUCAAGACGAAGACGUCGGUAUUCCUAGGACAAUUGUAGCAGUUGAAGUUCAAGAUAUUAAAAACGGUGCCACUCACUAUUGGUCUUUAGAUAAAUUACGUCAAAGAUUGGAAUUAAUGCGUCUUAUCUAUAACGAAGAAAUAGAUAGUCCAGAAGAUCAAGUUUCAUCUGCACCGAAACUGCUGCAGUGUAUCAUACAAUGUCCACCAUCACCGACACGUCUAUCACUAAAUCGAUUAUUACCAUCGAGACAACGUUUAGAAUUGAUGAGAGAAAUGUAUCAUAACGAAGCCGAAAUGUCGCCCACGUCACCGGAUUACAACGUGGAAUCAUUAACCGGCGGGGACCCGUUCUACGACAGAUUCCCUUGGUUUAGAAUGGUCGGUAGAGGAUUCGUAUAUUUAAGCAACUUGUUGUAUCCCAUUACUCUAAUUCAUAAAGUCGCUAUUGUCAGCGAAAAAGGAGAUGUUAGAGGUUAUUUGAAGGUUGCCGUACAAGCAGUCAUGGAUGAAGAUAAUUCUGAUCAAGUCGGAGUAAGGCAGAGUGCCCGAAUCGCUUUCGAAACUACCCCUAAAAAUAUUCUGGAUAGAAAUAUCCGAAAUAUGGAAGACAGGAUCGUGGAAGGACAAAACAACAUAGACCCAAUAAAACUAGACGAAUUAAUCGAAUGCGACGCCGAUUCCGGUAGAGGUGACAGCUCUGUCUCUUCCGAUCUAAAAGAAGAAGAAAUCCCAGAGCAUUUACUUAUAGGUAAAGAAUUUACCUUUAGAGUUACUGUAUUACAAGCUGUGGGAAUAUCACAAGAAUACGCCGACGUCUUCUGUCAGUUUAACUUCCUGCAUCGAUAUGACGAAGCUUUUUCUACUGAACCCGUUAAGAAUACCGGAAAGGGUACACCGCUUGGAUUCUAUCACGUUCAAAAUAUUACUGUUACAACAACUAAAUCGUUUAUAGAAUACAUAAAGAGCCAGCCAAUAGUUUUCGAAGUGUUCGGUCAUUACCAACAACAUCCGUUGCACAAAGAUGCCAAAUUGGAAGGAAACGUUCGUCAACCUCCAAGAAGAAUGCUUCCUCCUUCUAUUCCCAUCUCCCAACCGGUAAGAUCCACGAAAUUCGGCGCGUUACCUUCGCCGUGCACGGCGCACAUUCACGCCAAAGCCGACGUAUUGGUGUGGUUCGAAAUUUGCGAAUUGGCACCUAGCGGAGAAUAUGUUCCCGCCGUUGUGGAACACAGCGACGAUUUUCCUUGUAGGGGACUGUUUUUAUUACACCAAGGUAUCCAACGUCGUAUUCGUAUAACCAUUGUCCACGAUCCAGCUGCGGAAAUAAAAUGGCGAGACGUCCGCGAACUAGUCGUCGGUAGAAUUAGAAACACCCCCGAAUCCGACGAAGACGAAGAUAACGAUAAUUCGGUUUUGUCACUCGGUCUCUUCCCCGGAGAUUAUUUAGAAAUCCCCGGAGACGAUAGGGUUAUGUUUAGGUUCGAAGCGGCUUGGGAUAGUUCUUUGCACAACUCUCCAUUGUUGAAUAGAGUAACGGCGCAAGGGGAGCAAAUAUUUAUGACUAUAUCCGCUUAUUUAGAGUUGGAGAAUUGCGGUCGUCCGGCUAUCAUUACCAAAGAUCUGAGUAUGGUGAUAUACGGAAGAGACGCUCGAACUGGUCCUCGGUCAUUGAAGCAUCUAUUUUCAGGAAGUUAUAGAAAUACGGAAGCUAAUAGAUUAUCAGGCGUUUACGAAUUGCUGCUACGACGCGCUAGCGAAGCAGGUAGUCCAGGUGUACAGAGACGUCAAAGACGUGUACUAGAUACUAGUACAACUUAUGUUCGAGGUGAAGAGAACCUCCACGGUUGGAGACCGAGAGGUGAUUCGUUGAUAUUCGAUCACCAAUGGGAACUUGAAAAAUUAACGCGUUUAGAAGAAGUCGAGAGGGUUAGACAUACUUUAUUGCUUAGAGAACGUUUGGGAUUAGAUAGGACGUUAAAUUAUAACAAAUACCGUCUGGAAUAUACUAAAAAUGAAAAGGAAGCUUGUAAUAUGGUCGCUAAAAAUAAUAACAUAAACGCUUUAGCCAAUAAUGAUACAAUUGUUGAAUACUCUGAUCGCGAAAGAGAACUCCUCAUGAGAUGCAUACGUUUGAUCCAAGGCAGACAUCGAGAUAGCUCAAAUAAUGUUAAAGACAACGAUGUAGCAAGUCCAUCUGAAGAAGUUACAGAAAUGAGCACCAGCAUGAUAUCAAGUAUUAUGUCAAAUAAUUCCAUUGAACUCUGCUCUCCAGAAAGGGUAGUGAUACCCGGAGAAUGCGCACCUUUUCCACCGAUGCCAGUAUCUCCUCCAGGUCCUAGAGACCCGGAAUUAGUUCUGUACGUACCGGAUAUGGAGGAAAUAAGAAUUUCACCGGUGAUAGCUAGGAAAGGUUAUUUGAACGUCUUGGAACACAAAACGCAAGGAUGGAAAAAGAGAUGGGUGUCCGUUCGACGUCCUUACGUCUUUAUAUUCCGAGACGAAAAAGAUCCCGUAGAAAGAGCGUUGAUAAAUUUAGCUACAGCUCAAGUAGAAUAUUCAGAAGAUCAACACAGCUCUGUCCGCUUACCUAAUACAUUUAGCGUCGUCAGCAAGCACAGGGGUUAUCUGUUACAGACGUUGCACGAAAAGGAAGUACACGAUUGGUUGUACGCCAUAAAUCCGCUAUUAGCCGGUCAAAUUCGAUCCAAAUCCGCCAGGUGCAACCCCCAGAACGGCAACAAUGAUCUAACAACGUCUAAAGAAGUUACGGUUAAUUUGAAAUGAGAUUUGAUCACUAUGGAAUCCGUGUUGGUUUAUUAGUAGCUUUAAUAUAUGUAAGUUUGUUUUAUUUAAUUCGACAGGCCAGUCUGACAGGUAUGAGAAAUUUCAAUUGAUGUUUAAACAAAAACUCUGGGAAUUACAAUAGUUUUGAUUCAAUUUUUGGUGAUUUUGAAGAGCAUUUCAACAAAAAGUUUCUAAAACAACAUCUACAAAAAUAAAUUGAUGUAUUCUAAUUAUUAGUACUGAAAUAAAACUAAAAAACAGAAUAGAAGCUAUAAAAAUAAAGUGAAUAACCGAGUUCUUCUUCUUCUUUUGGUUUUCUUCUACUUUUUCAGGCUUGUUUCUCUUGUUUUUGAGUUGGUAAAUCGAAAAUUGGAUUGCUCAUAUUUGUAUGAAGACUGGCCUAUGGAAAUUGUGAUCUGAAGCUAUAAAAAGAGAAAUAAAUGUACCAGAUAUAUCGAUGUUUUCUAAUUAUUCAAUGUAAAACUUAAAAAAAAACGCAGUUAUAUGUAUUACCUGGUUGACUUGUAUUGUAGAUAAAGAUUACAAACGUCGCAGAUAUUCAUAAUUGAGUUUUCGAUAUAUAAUUUCUUUUUUAGAAAUUGAAAAAAUUGCUGAUGUUCUUCUAAGGGGGCUAGAGUUUUGGUAUAACCAUAGACAUAGUAAUACUAGACUAGCAUUCGAUGAAAUUUGAAGUGCUCAUGUUAAUUUCUUUUUGUAUCGUCCUUCUUUUACAGUCUUAUUUCCCUGAUACUUUAUCUUGUUCAAUCAAUCACUACAAAGUAGAACAAAAUAUAAUAACAUUAUUUUGAAAAUUGCUCUGUUUCAAAACAGAAAGUUUUCUUAUUCACUGUUUUAUUCUAAAAGCUCUUUUUCAAAAUUUUCUGCUGUGGCUUUUCUGACAUUUUCUGUUACACGGAUCUUCUAUUCUUCAAUAGAUCAAGGGUUAUCGAAACAAAUUUUUCUUAAAUUUAUUACCCCUACUUGACUCAUUCAAUUUACAAAUUAAUGUAAUAACCUGGAGUGUGCUUUGGCCUCCUCUAAGUUUCACCUCCAAACAUUGAGGUCCCUGAGUUUCAUUACCUUUAAUUUACAUGCCAUUUUCUUUUAGAAUUUUCUAUGCCUUUUCUGGUGUCAUACAUUUUUCAAAUAUUCUCAUUCCUUCUUUGGAAUUCUAUAAUUCAUUCAGUAGAUUAAUAAUUGAGAUGGAUAAGCUAGUUUGCUUCUUCAAGACCAAUUUCUCCGUAUCAUCUUGUGAUGAUUUCAACGUCAAACCUUCUAACCCUCACCUAAGUCUCUAGCUUUCACUGUAAUAAGUUUUCACUACUGAAACCAGUGUUUAUUGUACAAUAGUUUGCAUUUUAGGUCUUUUAUUUUUCCUUCGAAGUUGAUCAGCUCUCAAAAAUGAGUUUCCUCUUAUUCGCCACCUAUAUUAGCCAAUGUACUACCUGAAUCAUACAAUUAACUACUUGAAUUAACCAUUUAGCUUCAUCAGGUCCGUUUGCUUUAUAUCAUUCUGAUGAUUUGAAGUUCAAACCUUGUAACCCUCUAUCGAGUCUCCAGCUUUCACUCCCAUAGGUUAUUACUGGUGAAACUAGUGUUAUUUGCUUCUUCUGUGCUUUAUGUUGGCCUUCAUCUACCAUCUAAAUUAGCCAAUGCACUACUUGAAUUAGCCAGUUUACUACUUGAAUUGAUCAAUUUGCUUCAUAAUUUUAACCUCAAAUCUUGUAAACCUCUCCUGAGUCUCUCCAGCUUUAAUUCCCCAUCAAACUAGUGUUUUUUGCUUUCCAGGUGUUUUAUAUGUGCCCUUAUUUUUCCUUCACAAUAGAUCAGCUCUUGAUAAUAAGUGUACUACUAUCUCUUUGAUCAUUUUCAUUGGUCAGCUUCUUGUUUCUUCUUAUAAUUGUUAAGUCAUCUGGAAAGAUUUGCCUCUCUCCUAUAGCUCUUUCUAACAAUUGGACAUUUUCUGAUCUACAGAACUUUUAUUCUUCACAUUUUCUUCAGUUAAAUAAGACCUUGUCUGACCCGAUGAUCUUGCAUUCAAACCUUGUGGUCUUCUCCUGGGUGUCCAGCUUUUCCUUCUGUAGAUAUCUUCGGUUGAACCAUUGUCUCGGUCUUCUAACUAAUUUUUUUUUUAAUACACUAAUUACUAUGUCAUCUGGGUAAAUAUGUUGAAGAUGGUCAGCAGUAUUAUGAUUCAGAGUGUUGUAAUGUGACCCAUUCAUUACAAUAAUUUAAUACACUGUAUGCAAAAUGGGAAUGAAAAGAUUUUUUUUAAAUUUUUAUCUCAAAUUACCGACAUUAACAUCUCGUACAUUUUCUUAUUGUUUUCCAAUUAUACAAAGUGGUCUAGAAUUAUCUAUAUCAAUUUAACUCAAAAGAAAAAAAAAUAAAGUUACUUUUUUAUAUAAUUUAUAGGCAUCGAAUAUUAAGGGAGAUACAACCUUUUACAGGGGUGAAUCUAGAACUAAUUUUCGAAAAUAUCUGACAAACGGUUUUGUAUAGAAACUGAUUGAAGAAUAUUAGAAUUAUUGGGGUCGUUUUGGGGUGUGAACUACUUAACACACCCUGUUAAGGUAGAAAAAGUAACGGUUAGAAACGAAUGAAAGGAUAGUUUGUAGAAGUGAUAUUACUUGGUAGCAUUACAAUCGUAAGGGUAAAAAGUAAGUUCUCAACUCACCCCUUAAAAGGGUUUUAUAUCCCCUAUUAUUCAGUUUUAUGAAACACUUUUAGAAGUAUACGUAUUUUUGCAAGUACUAGUUUUGAAUUUUUAAUAUACAUAAUUCUAGAAAUAUAAAACGGGUUCCAUGAGUGACUAAUCGAAUAGGAGUCUAGUCAUGUUUUACUUUUAAAUAAUUUAUUAUAUUUUUAUUAUUAUUUGAAUGAUUGAAUUGUGCAUAGUGUUAUGAUAUAUAGUAUAAAUUGAAAAGGAAUUGUGGAAAAAUAGAGAAAUAACUAACAUUGUUGAAAUAUUAUAAUUUUGAGGAAACGGUCUCAGUGUUUAGAAACCAAGUUUUUGGAAAAAGCUUAAUAUAUUACAGUAAAAGUUAGUUUUAAAGUGCCCAUUGUCAUUUUGAGCACUUCGAAAUUGAUCAACAGUAGAAUUUGUAAUUGUACUAAAUUUAUAAAUGUACCAAGUUUCACUUUAAAAAAAAUUAACUUAAGGCCUCAUUGUUUUUAAGGUACGAUAUCCAUUAUUAUAAUAUACUUGUGAGGUGACACAAAUUCCUUUAAUUUACCGGCACUGUAAGUGUAAAUGUACAGGGUGUAUCUAUUUUUUUCUGUGUUGAAAUUAAUUUUUUUUCCUACACGAUACUAAUGUGAUUGAAACAUUUUACAUUCCUCGUGUUUUGUAUAUACGUUUCCAUGUUUUUCUCAGAUCUAGUCAUUUAAAUUUUAUUAUCGAUAAAUUCCUAGUCAAAGUUGUCGAAUUUAGUGAUUAAUGUUAAUUUAUUUUUGUUGUAUGAUGAAAUUUUGAACGUAACAGAUUUCGAACAAAAAAAUUAUUUUAGAAGGGAGCUAUGUCUAUACGAAAAAUAAUCAAUUUUGAUUUUUGUUUUCGUUUAGAUAAUGACCACGAAAAGUAACAGUAGUUUCGGUUUGCACAUUUAAUUUUUUUAUAAGUUCAGCUGAUAUUGUAGAUCCGGUAAAAUAAAAGGGCUUAACUCGUCAAUUGUUUAACAAAAAAGGAACAUUUAUAAAUACUUUAAAAAAAAUAAUAUAAGUAAUAACGGGAAACUACUUGAAAACUGUGGAAAGUAGAAAUUGGGCAUAAUUAAAUUAGAGACGAGUUAAAUCUGGAAAAAAGAAUACGUUGUAGUUGCUUACUAAAUAUUAUAUAUUUAUUUUUGUAGUGAAAUAGUUUUUCUCCCUAAGAACUUCGAUAUGCAUCCACUUACUAUGCUAUGAUUGUAUAAAAAAACAUAUAUAUUACUAUUACGAAAAAAGUAGACCUUCUAGGGAAUGUUCAAAUUAUUUUAUUUCAUUAAUAAAAUUAUUAUUUUCUCCUUCAUACUUACUGUAUCAUUGUAAAAGUAUUAUAUGAAAUAAAAUCAAUGAAAUGA